UGUCCCUAAGGUCACCUCGUAGACUCGUAGCAACGCUGCGCGUCCUUUGGGUCCCUGUGCACUGCUAUGGCUACCGGUGGCGGCGUGGCCUCCAAAGAGGGGCUGCGCUACGCCGAAUACUUGCCCCCGUCCACGCAAAGGCGUGACGCCGACAUCGACCACGCCGCGGGAAGAAGGCUGAUAGCUGUAGGACUAGGAGUUGCAGCUGUUGCAUUUGCAGGUCGCUAUGCAUUUCAAAUCUGGAAACCUCUAGAACAAGUAAUCACGGAAACAGCAAGGAAGAUUUCAUCACCGAGCCUUUCUUCCUACUAUAAAGGAGGAUUUGAGCAAAAAAUGAGUAGGCGAGAAGCUAGUCUUAUUUUAGGUGUAAGCCCAUCUGCUGGCAAGGCCAAGAUUAAAACAGCACACAAGAGAAUUAUGAUUUUGAACCAUCCAGACAAAGGUGGAUCUCCUUACUUAGCAUCCAAAAUAAAUGAAGCAAAGGACUUACUAGAAUCAUCCACCAAACUUAACUGAUGCCGAAAGAUCCUACCUACCACAAGGAAAGGAAAUGCAAGGUUCUAAAAGUCCUACAGAAGAAUGUGGAACGUGGUCUUGCUUCAUAUUGACCAACUCUGUUCUGUCAUUAAGUUUGCAGCAAUAAAAGACAUGCACCUUGCUCUUCA